AUGGCAAGAACUAAACAGACCGCUCGUAAAUCCACCGGUGGAAAAGCCCCGAGGAAGCAGCUCGCUACUAAAGCCGCCCGUAAGAGCGCACCAGCCACCGGCGGAGUCAAGAAACCUCAUCUGGCGCUUUUCCAUUACCAGCCCGGUACCGUGGCUCUGCGAGAGAUCCGCCGUUAUCAGAAGUCCACUGAGCUGCUGAUUCGCAAACUGCCUUUCCAGCGUCUGGUGAGAGAAAUCGCUCAGGAUUUCAAGACGGAUCUGCGCUUCCAGAGUUCCGCUGUCAUGGCCCUGCAGGAGUCCAGCGAGGCUUAUUUGGUCGGUCUGUUUGAGGACACCAACUUGUGUGCCAUCCAUGCCAAGAGGGUCACCAUCAUGCCCAAAGACAUUCAGCUGGCCCGCCGCAUUCGUGGAGAACGAGCUUAAAUCCACAGUGACGUCAUCCACAUCAACCCCAAAGGCUCUUUUA